GUGACGCAUAUGCGUCAACGGCACGCGGCGGCGUCAUGCCGCCCAUCCGAGUGAAGGCGGCCCGAUCCACCUUACCCGAACUGACCCUCCGAGUGUUGUCGGUCAGGUGUGCAGCGGUGACAGCCAUGAGCCGCUGUGUGUGAGACCACGCCGGUUAACUGUCAGGUAAACAAGGAGCCACCGGGGACGGCGCCGCUCUCAGGAUGGCUGGGGUGUUUGACAUCGACUUGGAGACUGAGGACGUCAGCGACGCAGAGGACGAUGUCUGUGACUUCACUGUGACCGAACCAGAGAAUGUUCAGACGGAGGAGGUGGAGCUGACCAGCGAGAGCGUGAACCGGGACAGCGAGAGAGUCGGGCCGGACUGCUUUGAGCUCCUAACAGUUCUGGGGAAAGGAGCCUAUGGCAAGGUCUUCCAGGUGAGGAAGGUUCAGGGUCUUCAGAUGGGGAAGAUAUUUGCCAUGAAGGUCCUAAAAAAGGCUAAGAUAGUGCGAAACGCCAAAGACACGGCCCACACACGAGCAGAGCGUGAGAUCCUGGAAACGGUGCGGCACCCCUUCAUCGUGGACCUGCUGUACGCCUUCCAGACCGGAGGGAAGCUCUACCUCAUCCUGGAGUGUCUGAGCGGAGGAGAGCUGUUCAUGCAGCUAGAGAAGGAAGGCAUCUUCAUGGAGGACACGGCCUGUUUUUAUCUGGGGGAGAUCACUCUGGCUCUGGGUCACCUUCACUCUAACGGGAUCAUCUAUCGGGACCUCAAACCGGAAAACAUCAUGCUCAAUCACCAAGGACACAUCAAGCUGACGGACUUCGGUCUCUGCAAGGAGUCGAUUCACGACGGAACCGUCACGCACACGUUCUGUGGCACCAUCGAGUACAUGGCUCCAGAAAUCCUGACCCGCUCGGGUCACAACAGAGCUGUGGACUGGUGGAGCCUCGGCGCCCUCAUGUACGACAUGAUGACGGGAUCGCCUCCGUUCACGGCCGAAAACAGGAAGAAGACCAUCGAUAAGAUCUUAAAAUGUAAGCUAAAUCUGCCUCCGUACCUAACCAUCGAUGCGAGGGAGCUCCUCAAGAAGCUGCUGAAGAAGAAUCCGGCCCAAAGACUCGGCUCUGGCAAGGCAGACGCUGCAGACAUACAGAAACAUCCCUUCUUCAGGCACAUCAACUGGGACGACCUGCUGAACAAGAGAGUGGAGCCGCCAUACAAACCCCAGCUGCACUCGGAGGAGGAUGUGAGCCAGUUUGAUACCCGCUUCACUCGGCAGACGCCGGUGGACAGUCCGGACGACUCCACGCUCAGCCACAGCGCCGAGCUCGCCUUUGCUGGCUUCACAUACGUGGCUCCGUCGGUUCUGGAAAGCCUGAAGGAAGGCUUCUCCUUUGAGCCCAAAUCCCGCCACAUGCGCCGACACAACAGCAGUCCCCACACACCCAUCAGUCCUCUGAAAUUCUCCCCCGCCGGACCCUUCAAGGCCGCCCUGGACGGAGAGCCGGACCUCUUCUCGCCCACUUCCCCGCCAGCAGCACGGCCUUCUGUCCCGCUAGAGAACGGAGGCGCCAGUCAGCCCAUAAAGACGCCGGCGAGGAACAAGAAGCAGAAGAUGAGGAGAUGAGGAGGUUAUGUUUGAGAACUGUCCUAAACUUAGGGACUGGCAUGUUUCUUCAGAAAAUGAAUGAAUCAUGAAUCAUCACAAAUAACAAAGAAGAGAAAUCUUUUCUCUCGGUUUCACCACAGCAUCAUCACGGAACACAUAGAAAGACUGAGACAGUACCUCUAACAGAUGGACGUGUUUUUUUUGUGUUUAAGAAAGAAAUGAACAAAAACAAACCUUUAAGUUCCACCUUAAUGGAAUCCUCGAAGUAUUUAACUAUAAGGAAUGUUAUAUUUUUGAAAUCUGGAUGUGUCUGUUUUCUUUCUCCUUAAUUUUUGGCUGCCAGAGCGGCUCUCAUAUCCUACGAUUGUACAAACACACCGAUCGUAUAUCAGCAGAGUGAUUGUUUGAGUUUUCAUUCAGAUCAGCACGGGUGCUCACAGAAAACAAAAAACUUUUAUAAAGAUAAAAAAUAGGAAUAUUUAGGAUUAUUGAACAAAAUCUAUUUUUACAUCAAAGUUUCAGGUCAAUUAUGAUAUAAAUAUACAAACUUCACAAUAAUUCAGCUUUUCAUUAUUGUUCAUUUUUUGUUAACUUGACGCUUCGUUUGUGAAACUUUCUUUAACUUUAAAGCAUUAUCACUAUUUUAACCUGUGUUCAGUUAAGUGAUUUUUGUUUUGUUUUGUUUUACAGGAGCAAAAACAGUUUUGUUAGAUGUCUCAGGUGAAGUUUCUAUCUUCAUUUGAACACUUAAAUAAAGACAUUUCCUCUCAGGACCCAUACAAAUCCGGAAGCGUUGACCAUUCUGCCUAUAUAUUAACAUCUCAUGCAAAUAUUAAGAACAAUUGUAAUGAAUUAAGCUUUAGUUUUUGGUUAUUCAAGGACUUCCUUUUUCUUAAAUUAUUAUUUUCUUUAAAGUAUAUAAAUAUCUGUACUUGUUUCCUUUUUUGCUUUUUGCAGUUUGUUUGUGUCGCCAAAAGGGGGCGACAGAGGGAGCAGAUCCUCACUUCAGAAACAAGCUUUGUGUUGCUUUGGAAUAUUUAUUUAAAUGAUUUGAACAGAUGAGUUUAUUUUGCUGAAUUUCUUUUCUGAAUGUGUGGAAAAUAAAAUAUUUACAUGCUCGACUUUUUUGUUUACUUUUUCCAAUGAGCAAACAUGCAUUUAAGUGUUGUUUUUCUUUUCUUCCUUAUCUUUUUCUUGGAUAAACUUUAUCCUAUUUUCUUUCUGAUUGACUGAAGAUAUAUUUUGUCUUGAAUUUGUGCAGGGUGCAAAAUAAAAAAAGGAGAAUAUUAAACUAUCCUGGAGCCAGAUAUGCUUCGUCUCAGUCACAGAUCGUGAGUUUACCAGGAAAAAAACCUAAAAAGCAAAAAAAA